AUGCAGGUUAAUGAAACUUUCCUCGUGCAGUUUAUUCUCAACUCACUUCCAUCACAGUUCGGUGCAUACAAAAUUCACUAUAACACUAAUAAAGAUAAGUGGAGUUUGAAUGAGCUGACUAAUAUGUGUGUUCAGGAGGAAGUGAGGUUGAGGGAGGAAGGACGUCAAACUGCAUUGGCUGUAACUCAUGGAGCUAUAAAGAAAAAGAUGGGUAAGUUUGUAAAAUCAAAUAAAAAUCCACCAAAGAACAAGAAUGAACCUGGAGAAGAAAAUCAGGCUCAGAAUGGUUUCACUGUCAAGUGCUACUUUUGUGGCAAGAAGGGACAUGUGAAGAAAGACUAUAUCAAGCGAAAUGCUUGGUUCGAAAAGAAAGAGGCCGAGCUGAAGAGCUAUGGGAUUAUAAUCAACAGCUUUUACGACUUGGAGCCAACUUAUGCUGAGCAUUACCAGAAUGAAAUGGGUAGAAAACUAUGGUUUGUAGGGCCAGUGUAUCUCUUUAACAAAGCAGCCGAAGAAAAGGCCGAGAGGGGAGAAAAGAACUCCAUUGCUGGUGGUACAGUUUUGAGCUGGCUUGACUCCAAAAAACCCAACUCAGUAAUUUAUGUUAGUUUUGGGAGCCAAGUUUGCAUGGCUCCUAAACAGUUCCUUGAGAUCGCUCACCGUCUCGAGGCUUCUGGUUGCCCAUUCAUUUGGGUGGCUAGAGAUCUCUCAAAGAACAACGAAGAAGACAAAGAAAAGAGGGAAGGAGGAGAAGGGGAAAAUCGCGAUGAAAUGCUUCCAGAUGGAUUUGAAGAGAGGAUGACGAAGUCCGGGCAAGGAUUGAUAGUAAGGAGUUGGGCACCGCAGCUGCUAAUCUUAGAGCACGUUGCUGUUGGAGGGUUCGUGACACACUGUGGAUGGAAUUCAACGAUUGAGGGCAUAGGAGCGGGCAUUCCAAUGAUCACAUGGCCACUCGCAGCAGAGCAAUUUUUCAUUGAAAGCCUGGUUACAGAUGUGUUGAAGACUGGGAUUCGAGUGGAGAACGAGGAGUGGGUGUCGUUGCAUUGGGAGCCCAAGGUGACGGUAACUAGAGAAAAGGUGGAGAAGGCAGUAAAAUGGCUAAUUGGCGGUGAUGGUGGUGACCAAGUGGUGGAGAUGAGAAGGCGAGCACGAGAGAUGGCUGAGAAGGCCAAGAAAGCUAUGGACUAUGGGGGCUCGUCCGAUGCCGCUGUCAUUGCUUUGAUUAACGAGCUUAAAUCUCAUCAAAGUGUCUGUGAAUAA